AAGAAACUGCUUGUCUUCGGUAUUUUCGCAGCGGGAAACAUAUGAUCAAAACAUUCCAAUAGCAAAGCCUCUUUCUCUGCCUCUUUUCCCUCACAACCCCAGUUAUUUCAUUUCCUUUUUUCUUUUUUUUUCUGAGAGAGAUUUUCGUUUGGUUUGUGCUCUUUGCUGCUUUGGAUACUAGGGUGUUUUUUUUUUCUCUUUUCAGUUCAAUCAUAGUAUUUCAAUCGAAUUCUUCGUUGGAAGUUUGAAACUGAGAAACAUAACUGAGUUUGGGUUCCCUUUUUUUUUUUUUUUUUUUCUUUUGGUUAUAUGUAUGAAGAACAAAGUUGCCUUGGUUUUUACUUAAUUUGAUACAGUCUAAUUUGAUAUAAGAAUAUUUGGUAAGAAAUGGAUAAUAACCCUCACCAACAUCCUUACCCUUGUCACCAUGGAUACCCUCCAAAUCAAGAUCCUUAUGCGGCUUUUCCAUAUCAAUAUCCUUAUAACACUCCCCAAUACCCUCAUGCACCGCAUAUGUAUCCGCCCUCAGCCCAUGCCCCUGUUGCAGCUCCCAUUGAUUAUAGACAUGCUCAUUCUCAUUCUGGACAAAUUCCUUAUCAAUAUUCCCACCCAAUACCUCCAAAUCCUUCCCAACUCCAACAUCAUGGUAAUUUUCAGUAUGGUUCAACUCCUUAUCCUUACCAGCAAACCCUAUCUGGUCAUUACCCACGUCCUGAAAUUAAUCCGCAAUCAUCCUCUACUUAUCAACAGCCUGCACAAUAUCCUCCUCAAUCAUCAUCCUCUUAUCAACAACCUGCACAAUAUCCUCCUCCUGAAAGUAAUUCUGAUCACCUCUCUAGCCACGUUAGCUUCUCUGGUCAUAACAGGCAGGACAGUACAAGUUCCUUAGGAGCAAAUAUGCGAAGCGCCUCACCUGCUUAUCCGCCUUUGGAUCAUCAAUUGAAUAAUAUGCAUUUGUCUGGUAGCCAUUCGUCAGCUCCUGCAUCACCCCCGGCACCUUCGGUGCCUAUAUUGGCCGCUGGUACUUCAACACCCGAUUAUGCGAGCAACUCUAGUAAUUGGGAGGGGCCUAGUUUAGGCCGAGCUGAUUUGGCUAAUCGCUCUAGUUUUUCCCAUAAGGAGUCAUUUAAGGGAUCACAACAAGUGCAGGGUAUGCAGAUUGUACCGUUCCAGAAAGGUUCAUUGAGAGUUCUGCUUCUACAUGGAAAUUUAGAUAUUUGGGUUCUUGAAGCAAAAAAUCUUCCCAACAUGGAUAUGUUCCAUAAGACAUUAGGUGAUAUGUUUGGAAAUUUUUCUUCAAAUAUCUCAAAAAAGAUUGGAGGGCGCUCGGAAGGGAAGAAUACAAGUGAUCCUUAUGUCACAAUUGCAGUUGCCGGUGCCAUUAUAGGAAGGACUUUUGUGAUCAACAAUGAUGAAAACCCUGUCUGGAGGCAACAUUUCUAUGUUCCUGUUGCACAUCAUGCUGCUGAAGUGCAAUUUGUUGUUAAAGACAGUGAUAUUUUAGGGUCAGAGAUUAUAGGAGUUGUAACAAUUCCAGUUGAGCAAAUAUACGCAGGGGAAAAGAUUGAGGGAACCUACCCGGUUCUGAAUGGUAAUGGAAAGCCCUGUAAGCCUGGAGCCGUUUUGAAAUUAUCAAUUCAGUACACACCAAUGGAGAAAUUGAGCUUCUAUCAUCAUGGUGUUGGAGCAGGUCCUGAAUAUGUAGGGGUUCCUGGUACAUAUUUUCCUCUUCGGAAGGGGGGUAAAGUGACUCUUUAUCAAGAUGCCAAUGUCCCCGAUGGGUGUCUUCCAAACAUAAAACUCGACCAGGGUAUGCACUUUGUGCAAGGAAAGUGUUGGAGUGACAUAUUUGAUGCUAUUCGUCAAGCUAGGCGCUUGGUUUACAUUACAGGGUGGUCAGUUUGGCAUAAAGUUAGGCUGGUGCGCGAUGCUGCUCCUGCUUCAGAUUGCACUUUGGGUGACAUUCUUAGGUCGAAGUCCCAGGAGGGAGUUAGAGUGCUACUUCUGUUAUGGGAUGAUCCUACUUCAAGAAGCAUCUUGGGAUACAAAACUGAUGGAAUAAUGACAACCCAUGACGAGGAAACACGCAGUUAUUUCAAACAUUCUUCGGUGCACGUGUUACUUUGUCCUCGCAUUGCUGGAAAAAAACAUAGUUGGGUCAAACAAAAGGAAGUUGGAACGAUUUAUACACACCAUCAGAAAACUGUAAUUGUGGAUGCUGAUGCUGGGAACAGUAAUAGAAAAAUUAUUGCUUUUCUUGGCGGCCUUGACUUAUGUGAUGGACGGUAUGAUAAUCCGGAUCAUGCUUUAUUUAGGACACUACAAACAUAUCAUAAGGAUGACUAUCAUAAUCCAACAUAUACGGGUUCUACGGCUGGUUGCCCAAGAGAACCUUGGCACGAUAUGCACAGUAAAAUUGAUGGCCCAGCUGCAUAUGAUGUUCUGGUCAACUUCGAGGAACGUUGGUUGAAGGCAGCCAAGCCUCAUGGACUUAAAAAAUUAAAAAAGCCCUUUGAUGAUGCUUUGCUGCGGAUAGAAAGAAUUCCAGACAUUAUGGGAGUUUCUGAUUUUACUGAGAAUGAGAACGAUCCAGAAAGUUGGCAUGUUCAGAUUUUUCGCUCAAUUGAUUCAAACUCUGUAAAAGGCUUCCCAAAGGAUCCAAAAGAUGCAACAAGCAAGAAUUUGGUGUGCGGUAAGAAUGUCCUUAUUGAUAUGAGCAUACAUACAGCAUAUGUGAAGGCCAUUCGUGCUGCCCAGCAUUUCAUUUAUAUAGAGAAUCAAUAUUUCCUUGGAUCCUCCUACAAUUGGAGCUCGUAUAAAGACUUAGGUGCUGACAACUUAAUUCCAAUGGAAAUUGCUCUUAAGAUAGCCAGUAAAAUUAAAGCAAAUGAGAGGUUUGCUGCAUAUAUUGUUAUUCCAAUGUGGCCAGAGGGUGUUCCGACAGGCUCUGCCACUCAAAGGAUUUUAUAUUGGCAGAACAAAACCAGGUCAAUGAUGUACGAGACUGUUUACAGGGCUUUGGUAGAGGCAGGGCUUGAUAGUACUUUCGUGCCAGAGGACUUUCUGAAUUUCUACUGUCUUGGCAAUCGUGAGCUUGAUGGAUAUCAACCUCUUGCUGACGGAAGUCCUAGGGCUGCCAAUGCUCCUGAGGUAAUCUAUACCAAGUCCCAAAAACCUUUUCUUUUUGGUAAUUCAACGUCUUGGGCGAUAUCGUGGUAUUCUAAGAUCCUCAAACCUGACCCAAAAGCUUUGCCCAAGCUUCCAAGGCUGGCUCUUAGUCAGAAGAGUCGAAGAUUUAUGAUCUAUGUACAUUCAAAAGGUAUGAUAGUUGAUGAUGAGUUUAUAAUAGUGGGAUCUGCAAACAUCAAUCAACGCUCCAUGGAGGGUACCAGAGACACGGAGAUUGCAAUGGGAGCUUACCAACCUCAACAUACUUGGGCAGCAAAGCAUUCUAGUCCCCAUGGACAGAUCUAUGGGUAUAGGAUGUCAUUAUGGGCAGAACAUGUUGGAGUUGUCGAGGACUGCUUCACUCGACCGGAGAGUCUCGAAUGCGUAAGACGGAUUAAUCAAAUGGCUAUACUGAAUUGGAGACAAUUUGCAGCGGAGGAAGUGACAGAGAUGAGAGGGCACUUAAUGAAGUAUCCGGUUGAAGUGGAUCCCAAAGGUAAGGUCAAGCCCCUUCCCGGAGCUGAAACUUUCCCUGAUACUGGAGGAAACGUUGUCGGCUCAUUUCUUGGCAUACAAGAAAAUCUUACAAUUUAACCAAAUCUGCUACUAUAUCCACUAUUCAAAUACAAAUUUGAAACUAUAUCCCUUUUAUUUGUAUAGUUCUUAAAUUGUCCAAAGCAAAUUUUGUAGUUACCUGUAUUCAUCGUUUGAAAUAGAACUUAUCAUGCUUCUUUUGUUCGUA